AUGCAGGAGCUCAUGUCCAGGCACAAGACCUACAACCUCAGCCCCCGGGACUGUCUCAAGACAUGCCUUUUCCAAAAAUGGCAGAGAAUGGUAGCUCCACCAGCCGAGCCCGCCCGACAGACCACCACCAAGAGGAGGAAACGGAAGAACUCGGCCAGCAGCGCCAACAGCAGCGUGGGCACCGCCGGCAGCAAGAAGCGCAGCCCCGCCACCAACUUCAGCCUCUCCAGUCAGGACGUGAUGGUGGUGGGCGAGCCGACCCUGAUGGGCGGCGAGUUCGGGGACGAGGACGAGCGCCUGAUCACGCGCCUGGAGAACACGCAGUACGACGCCAGCAACGGGCUGGACGACGAGGACGACUUCAACAGCUCCCCGGCUCUGGGAAACAACGGGCCCUGGAGCAGCAAGCCGCCCGCCGCCCAGGACACCAAACCCGAGAGCACGGCGCCCCAGCCCUCGCAGUAG